AUGACCACGCUCGCAGACGCCAGAUGCCUGGAAUCGCCACUUGACUCCUGGUUGGAAGAGCUCCUAGGGGACGCCACAGUGCUGAUGAUGGGAUGGGGCAAUCCCGAUCUGCUGGGAUACGUCUUCAAGGUCUUCGCGCCCAGAUUUACUGCCAAGAUCAUCAAACGUGUCAGAGAGGGAUCUUUGAAACUCGGCAGCGACAUGGGGUGCUGCUUUCUUGCAUGCUUUCCUGUGCGUAUCAAGCUCCUGUUGCGGGACAUGCGCGGUCUUCAGCUAGCGGGACGCUGUGCGGUGCGCCCCCACUGGAACAACAGCGACAGGCGCGCAGUCGGUGAUAGUCGGUGA